AUGAACCACGAUAUCUAUGUCUGGGAACGCAGCCAUGGCUCUCUCGUGAAGAUCCUCGAAGGGCCUAAAGAAGAACUGGGAGUUGUGGAAUGGCAUCCCAGCCGCCCAAUGGUAGCCGCCUGUGGCCUCGAGUCCGGAUGCAUAUAUGCAUGGUCGGUAGUCACCCCGCAAAAGUGGUCAGCCCUAGCGCCAGAUUUUGCAGAGGUAGAAGAAAAUGUCGCCUAUGUGGAGCGUGAAGACGAAUACGACAUCCACCCCGCUGAAGAGGUUCAUCAGCGCCGUCUAGAUCUAGAGGACGAGGAACCGGAUGUCUUGACCAUUGAUCCGGUCAAGGGUGAAGAGGGAGACGCUGGGGGUACUUUGCAUGCUUUCCGCAUGCCUGUCCUACUCGAUAUCAGCGAAAGUGAAAGCGAGGAUGACAUUGUGGCUGUGGGUCCUGGAACGAUGCGGCGAAGAAGCCCUGGUGCUUGGAAGGAUCCAGUCAAUAACACAGGCGCUAGCAAUGGCGGUGAGACUGGAGGCGCUCCUGUUACGAAUAACGUGGUGGGGCGUGCUCAAAAUAAGGGGCGACGGAGGUAAUGGCCCAGAGAAUUCUGAUGACAAUGAUAAUGAUAAUGUGAACUGUGGUGAAAUCCAGCUCGAGAUGUUAGUGUCCCAAGCCAAUG